AUGGUUCCGGUUCUUGUGCUGCUCGUUUCGCUCAUUUUUGCUGAUGGAUAUGUGAUUGGAGGUGGUACCCAGCCCGGUGGUAACCAAUACAACCCAUCAUCUCCAAUCUACAACGGUGGCAUUGGUGGAGGAGUUUCUCCAGGUGGAGGAUCCAACAAUGGAGGAGGAGGCGUUCAGAGAGAUGAAGGAGGUUACUGUAACUACAACACGGACUGUCGCUCGGGGCUAUACUGUACUCCAAGUGUAAACGGUGUUAAGAUCUGUCUGUCUUCGAGUAAUGGAGGAGGUGGAAAUGGUUUUCCAUCUGGAUGCUCCACGUCUUCAAAUUGUGCAAAUGGAGGAGUCUGUGUUGUGAAGAAUGGAGUUGGAAGUUGUCAGAUUCAAACAGGAGGAUAUAUUUCGCCAGCCAGACAGGGUAUGAAUCCCAUAAAACCACUGGUCCCUUUGAGAUGUGAAUCUGACGCCGAAUGUCCAUCAAUGGAGUAUUUGUGUGUUUUUAGUACGGCUAUGCAGGAUAGAGUAUGCUGGAAGUACGGGGAUGUGGUCACCGACGGAUAUGUGAUCCCUAUCAAACACAAAAUUUCUAUGGAGCUUCAGAAGUCCACGACGUCUCCGCCACCACCUCCAAAAACCCCAAAACCCAUUGAAAAUAAUGGGUUUUUUGCCGAAUCUCGAGCAAUUUUCGACAGAGAGCCAGAACCAGGAAGCCUACUGACUUCAACCCUUCAAAAACGAGCCGAUGAUGAUUCAAUAAGUUUUUCAAAAAACUUGGAUUCGUCGAAAUCUCCGAUUUAUGUCAAAAUAGAAGAUGUGCCGGAAGUUUCUGGACAACACGAUGGUGAAGCGGUUCGGACGACUAAAGUGAUUGUCAAGGAGGAGGAAAAAGUGGAUUCUGAACUUUUGAAUUCUGGAAUUCAGAAGACGAAAAUUGGAGAAGGAGUGGAAGUGGUGGAGAAUGAGCCAAUUGAUCCGAUGGCUACGGUAUGCCAACAUGAUUAUCAUUGCCGAAUGGGAGAAAGCUGCUCGGGGCGAGUACGAUUUGUGGAUCGAAACAUUACAGUAUGCCGAUACGAUAUUCUGAAAAAGCAUCGGCAAUGCAUCUACCAUUCGGAUUGCUUAUCGGGACAGCGCUGCACACCGAAAUCCAAAGAUUUAGCGACAUGUGAAACGGAUAUAUCUGCCACACUUGGAUCCAUCGAAUGUUUUUAUGAUUACGAGUGUUCGGGAGGAGAGAAAUGUACACUUAUUGAUGAUAAGCAACGGAAAUUCGUUUGUCGACCAUCGCCGACUUCUGAUCCACGCAUGAAUCAGAUUUGCACCACCAAUGCUCAGUGCCCGUUCCAACAGGUUUGCCGCCAAUCCGCCGGAAUUUCCAUCUGUGUAGACGUGUCGAUUUCAAAGAACCCUGCAAUGCUCCACGAACGUCUUUGGCGGUUCCUGCGAAAUUUCAUUUUCCAUCGAUAA